AAAAAAACAAAACCUAAAACGAAACUAAAAAUUUCCCCCAAUGGACAUUUUCCUACAGCAGAGAAGGCGCGUAACGGGUAACGAGCGCUGGUGAUUAAAUCGCGUUAUAAAACACAGCUCUAACGUGAGCGCUGGAUGAUUUAAUCUCGGACAGAAAGCAAGCAGAAGGAGGAGGAGGAGGAGGAAGAUGAGCGCUAAUCUAAUCGGAUUACGGAGCUGCACUUUAGGAGCACAUGAGUCUGAGAGCUACAGAUGGAGACGCAGCUCGCGGUGCGUAAAACGGCACAAUGCGGAUUUCAACGACUUUCAGCGGGGAAUCAUUUGUGUUCUGUAACUGUUUUAUGUAGGAGAUGAAGAGUGAUGAAGAGUCAACAAACUGGAACUAAAUCAGGUUUAUAAAGACAGCCCAGAGGUACAUGAUGUAUGGAUGUACGAGUGAAGAGCUUAACAACUUCUUUUUUUUAUUAUCACUACUCUGACUUGGCGAACACGUAACAACACGUGAGGUUACAUGUUGCUAAUGAGGGUUCAGGAGAAUGGUGGAGGCUCAUCACCGGGCAAACUCAAAACCAAAGUCAGCAGCUCGUCCACGCAAAUCCACCCCGCAAUUACGCAGGAGUCUCCGCACAUCUACUACAGCGUCUACGACGAGGAUCUGGGUUCGUGUGAGGAUUCUGAGGAAGACUGUGUGGAAUACGACGAAUACGAUGAGCUCUUCGACUCGUCGGACACGAGGAGCAUCGCCUCGGAUGACUCGUUUUACCCAACGGAUGAAGAGCUCACGGAUUCGGAGUGCGCACAGACCCCCGGCACCGUGUCUCUUUUCCGAGCCUGUUGCAGUAACACAGCGCUCACUGUCAAGGCUCUGAUCCGCCAGGGGGUGACGGAGGAAGAGGUCCGAGAAACGGACAAGAACAACCGGACGGGGCUGAUGGUGGCGUGUUAUCACGGCUACGUGGAAGUCGUCGUCGCACUUUCUCUGUGUCCUUACCUGGAUGUGAACUGGCAGGACAACGAGGGAAACACGGCUCUGAUCACAGCCGCACAGGCCGGCCACAGCACCGUCACUAACUAUCUGCUGAACUACUUCCCUGGUGUUGACAUGGAGAAGAGGAACUGUCACGGGUUCAGCGCGCUGAUGAAAGCUGCCAUGCAGGGCAGAGUGGACUGUGUCCGAGCGCUGAUCAUGGCAGGUGCUGACCUGGAAGCCAGAGAUAACGGGCGUAAGCUGACUCCUUGUGAGUGGGCGCUGUUCACCGGACGCUACGAGACCGUCUCUGUCAUGCAGCGGCUCAUCCAGAGGCCGUGUCCUGAACAGUGCAGCGACUCGUACCAGCCCGAGUGGCCCUUACUGCCAGCUCUGGUGGCCAAAUCACAACAGCGCAAAGGCUGCAUCCAGAAGAUGGUGCAGAAAAUGCGCAACUUUUUUGACAUCAGCAACGUGACAGAAGCUUCAGAAGACGGUGUGUUCGACCACAUGGUGCAGAUGACAACGGCACUGGGAAGCCCGUUUAUCGCCACGUCCUGUCGAACGGUGUGUCCCGGGAGUCCGCCGUGCGUCGGAAAACGUCGCUACUCGGUCCAGGAGAUCCUGAAAAAGCAGCGCUUGCAGCAGCUCAAAGGACUUGGACCCGAGCGGCUGGAGACGUCCAGACGCCUUUUCCAGAAUUCUCGCGUCACUCUGUUGCCUAAACCCAGAGAUAGGCGUGCUAGCCUUCAGCCCCAAACUCCCAGCGACUCUUCAGCGCUCCGGAGAGGAAGUCUCCUCCCGCUACACCUGGUGAGACGGAGCAGCGUGAGACCGGGACUGGUGGUGCCCAAGCUGCGGAUCACCAAGGUUCCGACGGAAUCGCACAAGCCGGAGAAGGUGCGGCGCAAAAGCAGCAGCAACAAUGGCCAGUUCCUUCAGGUGCCCAAGUGGAGGUACAAAGAACUUAAAGAAGAAAGAAAGAAGGCAGAAGAAGCUGAGAGAAAACGGCUGGAGGCGGUCACCAAGAGACAUCUCGCUGGGAGAAAACAGAAAUAACACGACACGUGCACUACACAUCCGAGUCCGGCCCGGGGCAUCGUGAUACUUGAAACUUUUGAUGUUGAUGAUAAUUUAUUUUCAUAUUUAUUCUUGGUUGCGUUUUGAGAUACUACAAGCUUUGAUCUUAGGACACCGUCUUGACUGUUAAUGACUGAAGCAUCUACACUACCAGCAAAAACAUCACGGCAAAAAUAUUUCCCGAAAUUAAAAAUGUUUAAAAAAAAAAAAAUCAAACAUUUCCUCCAUAAAAACUUCACACUUAUAGGUGAUAAAUCUAAAAAAAAAACAAAAAAAACCCUGAAAGUGAAAAUAAAAAGUGGGCGUGGCCUAAUAUUCUAACGAGCACAUUUAAUCAACAGAGCCUGGUCCGAAUCUCCAGCGAGGAACCAUCUAUCUGUGUGCAUGUGAGGUGGGAGUUCAUAUCGAGCACCACCCUUGUAGCUGCUGCAGAGGGAUGAGACCGAGAGAUGCCAAUACUUCUGAAUCUAGAAGUUUCAGUUUCCGCUGAAAAAUCCUGGGCAAACAAAAAUAAAAACACUAAACUGAAUUUAAUAACAUUUCUCAUCACUGAGAACCGAACUACAGUACGCCGGAUCUGUAGUCUGGGUUUAUAUUAUAUCAUACCGCAGCGCUGCUGAGUUCUGAUUGGUCAGAAGGUGUUUGGGUCACAUCCCAUAACAUCAUGAACUUGCAGCUCGGUGCGUUAACGACGUGACUCUCUCCGUUUCUCAGGAACACUUUAAUCAUCACACAAACCUCAGGUUCUAGACUUUAUUCUUGACCACAGAACCACUGUGCCUCUCUUCCUACACUCAGUGUUCACAUCUCUCUCUCUUUAGUGCCCUCUAGAAUUAUUGGCACCCCUUUAUAAUAAUAUUCAAAUAUUAACGAAUAAGUUACACAUGAGCUGCGUGAUCUCAAAUAUAAAUAAAGCUCAUAAAUAAAUACAGCCACGUAUUUUGUGUAGUCGGUUUGCAACGUGACGUGAAACGAUCACGAACGAACUCGAGACAUGAAUUAAUGAUGAAUUAUUCAAAUAAAACGGACGAAAUUUAAAAUAGCUUUAAAAUGACUAACUGAUUUUAGAUUUAUAACACAAACGUUCUCUAAAAAUGUAUUCUGUAUUUUAAAUCCGCUCAUUUUUAUGAACAGUGUGUAUGAUUCUUCUUCUACUAAAGGUCAGGUGACACGAGAUGGUCACGUGACCUCCGGAGCAUCAGGAACGUGUGAAAUCGGAUAAGCGGCGAUGUUUGAGGAAAGUGUAUCUGAUGAAACGUGAAUAAAGUUUGCGGUACUGUGCCGUCACUCCAAA